UCACCAGCUAAUCACGAGGCUCAAAAAGCGUUUCGCUCAAUUGAACACGGUUUCAUUAUGAAGUUCGAUGUCUCUUCGUUGUGCCAAUUUGUUGUUCAACUCCUCCAAUUCUGCAAUGUUUUUAUUGUUCUCGCAGUGAUGACCAUCACCUCAUGCGGAAAGAAAAAAGCAUCAAAUAGCAAGGAAAAUUGCAAAAAGAGUUUGCAAACCGGCCCUGGAGCAGCCACCGAAGCCGGAGCUGCUUCUUCGUUAGCUCCGGUUGACGCGACCAAGCUUGCCACACCUGUACCAGCGGCGCCAAAAAAGGAAGAAGCUCCACCUCCAGAAGAGCCCAAGAAAGAGGAGAAGCCAAAGGAGAAAUCGAAGAAGUCGGCGAAAUCGAAGAAAUCCAGCAAGUCCAAGAAAGACAAGAAGGAUGGAGAGGAAGAGAAUGGAUAUGAAAACUGCCAGGAUAUGACUCCGGAUCAGUUGAAGAAGAUUGCCGAGCAGGCGGAUGAAAAGAAAUGAUACUUUUUAUUAGGAAAUAAAGAAUCGAGAAAAUCAU